AUGCCCAGUUUGAGCAAUUGGCUAUCCAAAAAAGACAACACGAUCCGCACAAGGAACAUUGAGCUGGAGGUCUGUGUACUGGACUCCACCAUCUUCCUCAACACCGAUACAAUGACUCCUAUCCGGGGAUGUCUUGUUCUACGGGUUAAGAAGAAACAGGUGGAGAUCCCUUGUUUGACAGUGAAGCUCAUAGGAAAAACAGACAUCAAUCACAACAUUGAAACGCUAACAUAUCAGAACCGCAACUGGUCGUGCGGUUUACUCGAAGGGGGCACCUAUUACUUCCCCUUCCAGUUCCUCUUGGACGGAGACUCCCCCGAGUCCCUGAGCCACUAUUUUGCUAAUGUUACCUACGAGUUGCAGGCCAUUGUUCGCGAGUCAAAGGCCAUAGCAAACAUCCAAACGUGCUCUGUGAAAGUGCAAGUGAUCAAGUGCGCUGAGAUUCUGGAAAUCGACGACUCCUUGGCUAUUGGAAAUUGGAGAAAUUUAAUGAUCUAUCGUAUGGCUAUUGACAACAAAAGAAUUGCUCUAGGAGGCAAGCUCAAUUUCCAAGUGAGAUCGAUCCCAAUUAGACCAGAUUGCUACAACAUCGUCAAGCUGACCAUCGCCUUGACCCAGGCCACCCGACGCUCCACCAAAGUCACCACAGAGAGAAUAAUAUUGCACACAUGCCAGAUUACAGACGACUAUUUAGAGCUGUCCUUGCCAAUCGAGCCAUCCUACACCAAGUUUAACCGGAUCACCGCCCUGGUACACCCAUCGUGUAUGAUUUCGGACUCUGUUGAGCUGUUCGAAGUCACCCACCAUAUUGAAAUGGCUCUCACAGUAGAGCAGCUGGAGACAGACGAGGACAUAACGCUACGUCCUCCGCCAAGUGCCAAGUCUACCCACGACACAGAGGACGAGUGGAUGAUCUCCAACGCGCCGAUUGUGAACGAGAUGGGGAUGAGCCAGAACAAGCGAGUUGUGCUGACCAUGGUGACCAAGCUGCAUCUAUUGAAACAGGAAAGCGUUCUUGGGACUCAGCCGCCUCCGUCGUACAGCGACACGCUAGAUCUGCCGCCAGAGUACAAAGUGCACUCCUAA